GCCUGAAGCCUCGCCCCUGGAAGCAGCCAGCAGCAGCCCUUCGGGAUCUUUUGUCUUCGGACGGCUGAGCCAGCCCACAUCUGGAGCAGAGUCAUUCAGGUGACAAGUGACAGUACUCUCCACCAAGACCUGAAAAAUGGCAUCUGGACAAGGACCAGGUCCUCCAAAGGACGACUGCGAUGAGUCCCCGUCCCCUUCUGAACAGCAGGUUGCCCAGGACACCGAGGAGGUCUUUCGAAGCUACGUUUUUUACCUCCACCAGCAGGAACAAGAGACCCAGGGGGCGGCCGCCCCCGCCAACCCCGAGAUGGACAACUUGUCCCUGGAACCCAACAGCGUCUUGGGUCAGGUGGGUCGGCAGCUUGCUCUCAUAGGAGACGACAUUAACCGGCGCUACGACACAGAGUUCCAGAAUUUACUGGAACAGCUUCAGCCCACGGCCGGGAAUGCCUACGAACUCUUCACCAAGAUCGCCUCCAGCCUCUUUAAGAGCGGCAUCAGCUGGGGCCGUGUGGUGGCUCUCCUGGGCUUUGGAUACCGUCUGGCCCUGUAUGUCUACCAGCGCGGUCUGACUGGCUUCCUGGGCCAGGUGACCUGCUUUUUGGCUGAUAUCAUACUGCACCAUUACAUUGCCAGAUGGAUCGCGCAGAGAGGCGGUUGGGUGGCAGCCCUGAAUUUGCGUAGAGACCCCAUCCUCUACGGAAUGAUGGUGAUUUUUGGUGUGGUUCUGUUGGGCCAAUUCGUGGUACACAGAUUCUUCAGAUCAUGACUCCCGGGGGGAGCCCCUCUGGGGCCCCCCAGCCACAUGCCUGCCUGGACUAAACCUCUCCCUACCCCGCCCCCCCCCAACGGUCCCCCUCCUUCCUCUGAGGGCGAAGGCGCUUUAGCAAACAGGCACCCCUGCUUCGGAGAGCCACUGCCCAGGGACCAUCGAGGCAGCAUGACUACCCCAACACUGCAUGGUGCUACAGAACCCUGCCCUGACUGAUACCCUGCCCCCCCUCCCCCAGAGGCUGGGCCACUAUUUCCCAGAAAGCUAGCUUUGUUUUUGUACUACCCUUUGGGUGCAAUCCACCCUUUCUCUCCCACUGUGCCCAAAGUCAGAACAUUGAGAGCCGUGGGGACCGGUGGUUCUGACCUGUGUUCCCAGGACUCCUGCUACUUUGGAAGGUCAGAGCUUGAGAAGGAAGCUAAGCGCUAUCCCGGCCCUCCAUACAGCAGCUCCCAGGGAUAGGAGCCGCUGUAGGAGAUUGCAUGACCUACUCCGGCCCCACACCCACC